GCCCGCGGUGACCCCGUCUCGUCGUCGCUAGCGUACGUCUUUUGCCGAUUCGCUGAGCACCGAUUCGUACCGCCGUCGACGAUUCCGUUCCGUUUCCGCACGCCGUGGCACCAAAACACAAUAUCAUCGUCAUCGUCCGAUCGUCGGUCGUACGUAAAAUCGCCGUACGUCGUUACCUACUCGUCCCGGACAUUGUUUUCCCGUCCGAUCGCACGCACGCCAGUCUCAGAAACAAUCAUUUUUUUCCCCGCGUUUAUCGGCUGACGACCAAAACAAUACGCCUCCUAGUCGUGCAGUAAAAUAGUAUUCGAUACGUUACAAUUUAAACGGCGAUAGUCGUCAUAGUCUACACGUCGACCAUUUCGCGGUGUUUCCCGCCCGCCAUCGAAUCUGCGAGAAUAACGAAAUAGUCAUUUUUUGUACUAUUCAUUAAUAAUUGUGAAGCGACGAUUUCGGACGAACAUGGCUGGCGACGGAUGCAUCGAUUUCCUGGAAAAGGAAAAGAUUUCAAAAGAACUUAGAGUUCGCCUGAACGAAUGGAAAGAAAUUAUAGUAUUGUUGAACGCAAUUAUGUCAUGGCAAAAAAAUUGGUUUCCCGCAAUUACGGUUACAUGUGUAACAAGUUUUUACUUAUACAUGUGGCUUGUCAACUGUUCGAUACUAAACAUGAUCUGGACAGCCGGCCUAUGCGCUGCCUUGUUGGAUUGCAUCGUUUGUGGUCCAUUCCAAAGGAUCCUGCCACCUAACAGUUGGGACCAGGAUAAGGAACGCACGUUCACCGAAAUUUCUGAGUGGAUGGCUGAUUACUGGGUGACGACGAAGCUGUAUAUGGGCCGAUUUUUCAACCUCAGGAAAACACAUACUAAACUGUUUCAUUCUGUCUUGUCAGUAUCGUUCUUCAGCCUUUUGUACAUCGGGACCACAUUCAACAAUUUAUUCAUAUCAUAUAUUACAAUAAUGGGGGUAUUGCUGUUUCCCGGAUUUAAAACCAAAUCGGAAUACAUCGAGGACAGUCUGCAGAGGUACGCUUAUCAAAUGCUGUCCGGCGACAACGAAGAAGCGUUUUCGUAAAGCAAAUUCCUCGAAACCAACGCGAUCUAUACCUAAUCAAAGCUCAUAUUUCACUAUAACGUUUUAGUGUUAAAAAAGACGGGCGUAUUAUAGAGUUAAUUAAAUAAUUUUUUCGCCUUUGAAGUUUUCAUGAAUAAAUAUUUUUUGGCAUAUGUCCUAUCAUUUACAGUAGGCAUCUGCAAUAAUGUGUAUGUGUGUGUUUGUGUUAGAUACAUUAUUAUAAUAAUUGUUAACUGCAGAACAAAUAUUAAAUCAUAGAGAUCGCGUUUUAUAACGAUUGUUAUGAAAACGAAUAAAACAUUUAAUUAUUUAUAAUAAUAUAAUU